AUGCGCGAGAAAAGCCUCUUUGCAGAGUUCCAAAAAGGGGGCGGGGAAAAGAACGGAGAAAGAAAGAAGGAAGGAAGGAAGCAGCGAACGAGCACCUCAUUGGACAGCAGCCCCGACGGGAGCUCCUCCCUCUUUUCGGUUGGGGCUCGCUUCCUCAUUGGCCAGCCGGACGAAGCGGACCCCCGCGAGCCCGGCAGCGAGUCAGAAAUCGGUUGCCGGGCAGGGUGGGGCGUGGCCGGCCAAUGGGCGAGAGGAGAGGUGCAGCGGUGGCGGUUGAAGGCGCUCGCGCAGGCGCGUCCGCGUUCUGUAGCAACGGCCGAGGAGGAGGAGGAGGAGCCACUGCUCUUGUUGUCGUCGCCGAGAUCCGGCGGCGGCGGCGGCGGCCGUGGAGGAGGGCAGGUGGGUGGCGCCUCCUCCUCCUCCGCCUUUUCCCCUCCCAGCGCGCAAGCAGUUGCCCGUCGCCAGCCCCUCUGAGGGAAGCCUGGCUGGCUGGCUGGCUCGGGAGCCGGCGGCGCGGUGCCCCCAGCUGAGGGAGAGCGGCCGGGGUGGAGGGUCCCGGUCCUGGCCUCCGCCCUCCUUCAGGAGCCCCAGCAGGUGAGCGAGGCUGCUGCGGCUGAGGGGGAAGCGGUGGCAGCAGGAGGGCACGGCGUGGGGGGGGGGAAGGAGAGAGGGAGGACGAAGGCCUGAGGAGGGGGCGGCGGGGGAACCCGGGGGGGGGCAGAUAUAUAUAUAUAUAUAUAUAUAUAUAUAUAUAUAUAUAUAUAUAUAUAUAUAUAUAUAUAUAUAUAUAUAUAUAUAUUGGGGGGGUAUAUAUGUAUAUAUGGGGGGGGGGUUAAAAAGGAGCCAGGGGAAACGGACUUCGGAAAGAGGGGGCAAUUCUGGGGUGGGUUUUUCUUUUGCUGAGGUGGGGGCGAAGCCUCCUGACUGGGCUAACAUAGAGGGCUGGAUUGGGGCUGGUGGUGGGGAAGAGUGGGGGAUUUGGGGUGAGUGCGUAGGAUCUACGUAGGGGAAUGAAAGGGUUGCGGGUUGGGUGGGGGAAGGUGGCAGCUGCACACACACACAAAUACACCCCCCCCCCAAUUGUGGGGCUGGGGUGUGGAGGGAAGCAGGACACAUAUUGGGGAUGGGGGGAUCUGGUAGGAAGUGGCGGAAGAAACAAGAGUUUUUGGGUGGGUGGGUGAUGACUGGGAAUUUGGGUUAUAAAUCGAUAGGGCGGUUAAUGUUGAGUUUUUUUGGGGGGGGCUGUUAAGACACGAAGGGUAGAGAUGGGCGAUGCAAGUGGAGUAGAAGGAAUCUGGUCGUUAGGGUGCCCAAGGGGAGGAUAGAGUGCUGGCUGGGGCUCAGGGUGUGUGUACCUAGAUGUGUGGGGAAAUUAGGUUCGUGGUGAGAUGUGAACUGAGGAGUUGUGGGGCUGGCAGAGAAGAUGAGGAGCUGCAGGCUUAUGCCUCCUGGCUUGUCGAGGAGUCUUUCUAAAUACAGCCCACUGUAGCUGCACCAGGGCAGAAAAAGGAAAAGGACCCCUGACCAUUAGGUCCAGUCGUGGCCGACUCUGGGGUUGCGGUGCUCAUCUUGCUUGGUUUGGGCUAUUAGUGGUGCAGAAUAUAUAUAUAUAUAUAUAUAUAUAUGCAGUACUGUGUAUAGAGAAUGGGAUGGCGGGAGAGCAAUGGGGAGAAGGGAGGAGAUGUUGCUUGUGAGACCUGUCUGGUGGGUGAACACUACUGUUGGGGAAUAUCAGGAGCAAGUGGGAGGAGGAGAGGUGUUGGGAGCUGACUCAAGUUAAUACCUGGAUAAUUGGGAGGGGGAGAGGUUGCUUUUAGCAGAUUCCCUGUUUGUGGUGGGGUAAGUGGCUGGUGCUCCUUAGACAUGAGACUGUAUUGGGAGGGGGGAGGUGAACAUUAUAGAUCAGUAAGAAGUUAGGGGAUGGGGGGAGGUAGGGCAUUGGGUAGGGGAUUCUUGUGGAAAAGAGAAAACACCAAGAGUUGAAAAACUUGUUCAGUUAGAGUCAGGGUAAUACCUGGGUAUGGGGAGAUUCUGUAUUUGAGCUAGCUGAAUAAGGCUGAGAUGAAAAUUUGUGAGAAAAAGAUGGGCUAUCAUUUUAUUUACUUAUAAAAGUAUUUCUCUACUGCCAGUUCAUACAAUACUAUGUGGUGGUUAAUGCUGGUACAUAUGUUUAGAGAGAUGUUCUGAGGAGGGGAUAAUAAGUGCUUGGCUGGGGAUUGAAUUGAUUCGGUUUUGAGCAAAGUGUUAGAGGUAAAUUGAUUAGAAUUUAUGAGUGGUGCUGAGAGUGACAGCACAAUAUUGCACUGUUGAACAGAGGUCAUAGGUUUGGGGUGGUGGUCAUGGAAAAUAAGAUAAUUGUGUAUGGACAAGGGAGGAAUUUAGGAGAAUCAGAGCAGGGUCUAUUGUUCUAGAAGGAAGUGAGAGUCUAGAUGGGUUAUGUAAGAGUGCCAGUGUGGUAUAGUGGCUAAGGGGCCAGAGUAGAAGCCAGAUUCAAAUCUCUAUCCAGCAGUGAACAUCACAGGAUGAUCUGGGGUCAGUCACUCUCAAACUAAAAAAAAAAAGACACCUCUCAAGUUUGUAGUGAGGAUAAAAUGGGAACUAGGUAUGCCACACUGAGCUCUUUGGCAGAAUGGCAAAAUAUAAAUGGUGAUGAAUGAAUGUUCUUAAGAAUUUGGGAGACAACGUUUGGAGUGGGUUGUGAGGGGCAUAUGGAGUGGUUGAUGUUUAUGGUAACUGACCUGAUCUUGGGAAUGAGCUGGGGAUAAGGAGAAAGAAGAUGCAUGGAAGAGGAAUCAUUGGAAUAAUUUCAUGUAGGACUUGACAGGAGUUCACUCUGAGAAGUAGAAACUGGAUGGUGGCAGGGGAGCUGUCUGUGAAUGAAGGAGUAUGUUGAAGAAGAGAAUUGGGUGAGCAACUGGCACCUAGUUUUAAGAAAUUAGGUCUGGCAGCUGCCUGCCUUGGAUCAGGCUGGUUGAGUGUAGUCAUUGAGCAAAUCUAAUAGGCAUAGGGAUGUGGGGUUGGUCACUAUGGCCAAAAGCAGUAUUGGUUGGUUGAUUUUUUUUUUUUUGUCUGAACUAGUGGGGAAUGAUUGGCCUCAGUUUUAAACAGGUGGCAAGAAGUUACAGGCUAGCUAGUGUGGUUGGUAGGACAAAAGAAACCAAUUUGUGGAUGUGGGUACAGGUAGUAUGAGUGAAAGAUUUUUAGGCACUAGUAAGAACAGGAUAUGGUUGAUAGUGUGGAGGAAAAUGAGUCUGAAUUAUCAAGUAAGCUUCAUACAAAGGUGAUCAGUUAGAAGCUACACAGAGUGUGGGAGCUACCGGUAAUUGGAAGCUAAAUACUGGUAAGGGACUGGUUGGGAAUGAUGAAAUGCACAACUUGAAACAGUCAGAGUUGGGGCAUUUAGGAAUCCCUAAUAUUUUUUCGCGGGACGCGGGUGGCGCUGUGGGUAAAACCUCAGCGCCUAGGGCUUGCCGAUCGCAUGGUUGGCGGUUCGAAUCCCCGCGGCGGGGUGAGCUCCCGUCUUUCAGUCCCAGCUCCUGCCCACCUAGCAGUUCGAAACCACCCCUAAGUGCAAGUAGAUAAAUAGGUACCGCUUUAUAGCGGGAAGGUAAACAGCGUUUCCGUGUGCUGCGCUGGUGCUGCCUCGCCAGAGCAGCUUCGUCACGCUGGCCACGUGACCCGGAAGUGUCUCCGGACAGCGCUGGCCCCCAGCCUCUUAAGUGAGAUGGGCGCACAACCCUAGAGUCGGACACGACUGGCCCGUACGGGCAGGAGUACCUUUACCUUUUACCUUUAAUAUUUUUUCAGUUCUUGCAAGAAUCAGGAAAAGGGGCGUUUACUGGAGCAGAAUCUUAGAGCUGAAGGGAGGGACAUACAGAAGCUGAGUGUAGACUAGAAGGAAGAAUUGGUUAUUGGGUCCAGUUAAUGCCUAUGUUUGAGGAGGACGUGUAAGGAUUGUGCUGCACAGAAGAAAACACUAUGUGAAAUUGCAAUUGUUGUGGUAGGAGCUGGAUAUAGUCAGAAGGAUUAAGUUUGGGUGGAGCUUGUUCAAAACAUAGUGCUCUCCUUCCCCCUCCCCCACCUUUGGAGGGCUAGAGAUAUAGAACUCAUUCAGCCUGACGCUGAAUAUUGGCUCCAUGUGAGGCAGCCUGGGAAGGGAGCUAUCAUUUGGACUGCUCUUAAGUUAAGGGAGAGGCUUGGAUAUGAGGGGGCUGACUGUGUAUGUCACUUAGUAUGAGGAGGCAUCCAGUGUGAAGGGGGAGAAAUGUGUGAUUGGAUGCAAGAAAGAGCAGGGUAGCUCAGGAUUAGACAUGUCCAAAGUGUAAGAUUGAUAGAGGAUUUGAGAGUCUCCAAGGACUGCUUGGAAUAAGAAGUAUUCUUUUGGAAGGUGACAACAGAAGUACCAUUUUAUGGUAAUAAUAGGUCAUAUGGACCAUAUACCUCAAGGCAGGAUUGGGGAGUUGACUAUCUGUGUAGGGAUUCCUCUUUGCCAAAAACAGUUUUGUGAGUAAUUUAAAAUGAUUUUUUAACAUUGCUGAGUUGUUAAGCUGGGUAUAACUAGGUGCUAGGAUAACACUGAGCCCUUAUAGUGCUGGGUGAAACGUUUAGAGAGAAACUUCCUGUUAACACAGUUGUGAGUAUUACAGUACUCCCACUCAGGAACUGGGGAGGCGUGAAAGAGUGCAAUGAAUUUGGGGCGGGGGCUGUUAUUUGGCUACAUAGCUGAGGUGUAGUGUUGCUCUCUGGAGAAGCUGCUUGGCAGCUUGGAGCAGAAUUGGGAUGAGGUUGUCUUUUUUGUUAUAAAUAGCCGCUGAAGGGAGAAAGAAGGAGACUGAAGGGAGAACUUCACCAUCCAGCGAACACAAAUGUUAUUGCAAGCUCCUGUCUUGCUACUGUGGGAGGUUCAGGCAGCAGCUUCCAGGAAGUUCUGUCUGGUUUCUUUUUUGUGCACACUAUGUGGAGGCUGCCUCCCUUGUGUCUUAUUCUUAUAGGAAAUGAAAUGCAAAGGGAGGAGAAUCUCUCACUGCUCUAGUACCUUAUUUCAGAAUUUAUGAACACAUAACUGCAUUAAUGCUUGCUUUAAAAGAAUACUCUAAUUGCAGCUAACACUAAAGUGCUUUAUAUCUGUGCCAUGUGUCUUGAGACUUCCUGAAUUUCCUAUAAAGAGCUAGGCUUUGAUCUGAUCUUAAUCAUUUAUGUCUCUCACCAGCUUUGCUAGUAGUAGACAUGAUCAGUCAUUUCUAUUCACAAGAGUCAUGACAUUUAUAGGUCUGACUUUUAACAUUAACAUAACUUGGUAAAAUAAGCUUCAAAAUAUAGAGGAUAGCUCAGCAAGGCAAAUACAGCGGUACCUCGGGUUACAGACACUUCAGGUUACAGAUGCUUCAGGUUACAGACUCCGUUAACCCAGAAAUAGUACCUCGGGUUAAGAACUUUGCUUCAGGGUGAGAACAGAAAUUGUGCGGCGGCGGCAGGAGGCCCCAUUAGCUAAAGUGGUGCCUCAGGUUAAGAACAGUUUCAGGUUAUGAAUGGACCUCCAGAACGAAUGAAGUUCUUAACCCGAGGUACCACUGUACAGUCAGCUUUGCCCAUUCAGCUCUUAUAACAUGGUGUACAAUAUUUUGGGGUCAGCUCUUCAUGCCUUUUGUGAGGAUCCAUGUGCAGGAAGCCAUGGUCACCUCUUACCUAUCUGGUACCAAGUACUUCAGUGUGGCACAGAGGGAUUUUCUUGAGUGCUAGCUGUUAUAAAUUCAAUACCAUUUUAGGAUUUCUGGAAAUUGUGGUGUGGGGCUUGGCAGCAAAUGAUCCUGCAGUUUCCUCAUUCGGUGGUUUCCUCAUGUGAAGUCAUCCGUGUUUCUUUUCUGUGUCUCUGUCUGCCUGUCUUUAUAAUUUUUCUAGACCGAAGUAUAGUCUUGGUACAAUUUUCAUUUGGUCUGUCAUUUCCACUCUCCUAUGGAAAGAGAAAAUCCAAGAGUCCACAGUUUAGGACUGACUACCUAUUUUAUUUAUAAAAGUAUUUGAAUAACACAAUCUCAAAAAAUAUCAGGGUGGUGUCAUAUAGUAGUGAGCAGCCUUUUGAGUAUUGUUGGCUGGAUAAUAAGCAAAAUAGCAAGAGGAGUUGAGAGGGAGUGGAGUGGGGGAGCUGGACAUUAUGGAAGACCCAAAGUCUGCAUCAGCAGCAUGUCCAUUUUUCUGUCUUCUCUGCCCCCCCCCCCUCCUGUAUUUUGCUUGACAUCCAGCCUGUAAGAGAGUUUUGGAGAACUUGAAAAUGGUGAUAGUUUAAUUGGUCCUAAUAAAGGUAUUACCUUACUGUGGCUUUUGAUGAUUUUUCUGGGGCCAAUAGCCUUUGUUUCCUGGCAUUCGCCUGAGUGGUACAAGUGUGCACACAGCUACCAUAGUGAAACACAGUACAGAGCUACUGAGGGUGCAUGUGCAGCCAGUAGCCUUUUAAGACUUGAAGAAAGUAGUGAGCAACUUGUACAACUGCCAUAGUCUUGUGUUGUGUAAACCUAAUGCAGUACUAUAGCAGCUGUGCACAUCUUUGAUGCCGCUACAGUUCCUUGGCUCAGAAAGAUACAUGGAAUCACCCUUGUUGAUGGGGAUACAUUUCACUUGAUAGCUUUUGUGGGGAAGAAGAUGCAGAACAAGGGAGGCGCAAUGGUGCAGCAGCCUCUGAGCAAUUAUAUGCAAGUCUUACAAAAAUCCAUAAAGCAGUAAAUUAUAAUUGGGAUGUUGCAGCUAAUUAUUUGUUACAUAAUACCAUAACCAAAUGAUUCUCUAAUUUUUUCUUGAAGUUGGAUCACUUGACUGA